AUGAUAAGCUGUAAAGCAGAUGAAUACUCUAAUUCAGCCAUUUUGAAACAAAUGUCUAAUUGUGCAUUUGGUGCGAUCUUGAUAUGUCGAAUAGCUAUUACUCAAGGUUUGCCAAAAGUCAAGCAAAUACUUGAUAAUAUUAAGCCAGAAAAAGACGAAAGAUCCAUUUUAGCACAGUUUUUUGGAGAAAUAGUAAGUGUUGAAAAAAAAAUCAAACAAAAAAAUGAGGAGAGUGGGGAAGUUAAAACUUAUCCUCUUGGAAUGUUUUGA